UUGGUCCAGGGUCCGCGAUACUGUACGGACUACGUUAAGGUACCUGCUGACCCGAAAAGCUUAGCAGCGGCUGGAGCAGAGCGAGCGAACGAGAGAGAGCGUGCGUGCGUGUGUGCCAAUGCUGAAAAGUGCAAAGGAGCCGAUAGGUGGUGCACAGUAUUCGGGUGGCCGCCCAAGCGUACAGCAAGGCCAAUGACAGCCUUGCGAAGAGGGGCAAUGCCAAGCCUGCCAAGGCUUGGCAUAUCUUGGCAGGCUCAUAUUUGCCUGACGGGGUGGUGUGCUUCUGUUAGUGUGGUACGGCGUCAUUGUAUGGUCGGCCGCCCCGGCGCAAAAGUCUCUUUUAUGGCGCAGAACCUAUUUCUCAGCGCCAAGAGCUGCCAAGGCCCGCCAAGUCCCGCCAAGACUUCCAAGAGUCCCGCUCACCCUUUCGCUCUUGCCCAAGCUGUUCGUGUAAAUGUAAAGGGCGAAGAAGGUCCCCCCGGGCCUCCGUCGACGUUGUUUCUUCCUCGUCUCGUUGCCCAUUUCUCUCAUCCGGAGAACUCAAGGAUUUCCCAGUCUCAGGGUGUUUCGCGCUUUCUGUGCCGAAUCGCGCACUCGCCCAAUACUCACCAAGCCGUAUCUGCAACAACCCGUCAGGCUCCGGCCAGACUUUCGCGCAUCAUGACUCCUCCCCUUCCAGAGGUUCAGCCUCAAACGUCGUCGGGAUCCAGCAAUAACAGCAAUGAUUCCAAGUCGGCCACUCCUCCGCCAUCAAGUACUGCUUCUACUACUUCUGCCCCUCCUUCGACCUCGGCCGACGACAGCUUGAUCUGCCGCUGGAAUGCCUGCGGCCAGAAGUUUCCUACGCCAGAGAACCUCUAUGACCACAUCUGUGAGCGCCAUGUUGGUCGCAAGAGCACAAACAACCUGAAUCUCACAUGCCACUGGAACUCGUGUCGCACAACCACUGUGAAGCGCGACCACAUUACUUCGCAUAUCCGUGUUCAUGUUCCCCUCAAGCCUCACAAGUGCGAGUUCUGUGGCAAGUCGUUCAAGCGCCCCCAAGACCUGAAGAAGCACGUCAAGACUCAUGCCGACGACUCUGUUUUGGUCCGUUCCGCCCAGGACGCUCCACAGCCUCAGCAGGGUGGUAUCAACUACCGGCCCCAUAUGAACAAGCCUCCCGGCUACUAUGAUCACAAUGGCCAGAUGCGACCUAAUUAUCAGCAUCAGCCGCAUCCUAGCAGCUACUACGCUCCCCAGCCUUCUACCAACUAUGGACUGUACUUCAACCAGCCCACAAUGAACAACCAGCGUACCGAGCAUCUUGGAUAUACCGCUGCUGGCCAACCCCCUGCGUUUGACCGCAAGCGCGCCUAUGACAUGGUUGAUGACUUUUUCAACAGCGCCAAGCGCCGCGAGAUCGACACCUCUUCUUACAGCCAAAUUGGUCGUUCUCUCCUCCCUCUUCAUAACAGUCUUUCUAUUCCCAGCGGCCCAAUGGCUGCUGCUCCUGAGAGUUAUUUGCCCCAGCCAGCCGGCCCAGCCAUGGCGCAAGCUGGUCCUUCGCCAUCCCAGAACCCUUUGGCUCAGCAGUACUAUCUUCCCAUUACACCCAAUGCCCGAACCCAGAAGGAUCUGGUCCAGAUCGACAAUCUUCUUGGACAGAUGCAGAACACUAUUUAUGAGAAUGCUAGCCAUGCUACUGCUGGUGUCCACAUUCACCACGGCAGCGAGCAUUUCGGUGGUUUCCGCCAUAGCCCUUCGCCCCCUACGAUGCAGCGAAGCCCCACGGCCGGCGGCAUGCAUGUCGGCCCCGAGGCCUAUCAUCCUGUCUCGGCGGCAAGCAUGGCUUCUCCGCUAACCGCCAUCUCUUCCACCGGAACGCCCGCCGUCACGCCUCCCUCGAGCUCAAUGUCUUACACCUCCGGGCACUCACCUAGCCCCUCGGCCUCUGAUCUGUCCCCCCAAUCUCGCCACAGCUCUACGUCCUCUGUCAUGUACCCGACUCUCCCAACUAGCUUGCCCGCAGUAAGCCAGGGCUUUGGCCAGUCAACAACCACAACUCUUGGGCCCAGCUUCGAGAGCAACGAGCGCCGCCGCUACUCUGGUGGUAUGCUUCAACGCGCACGUGCUCCCCCGCCCCGAUCUGUUGAUGACAACAAUGGUGCGACGACUCCCAAGGCCAGCGAGCCUGCCGUUUCCGUCGGAUCUCCGUCGUCGGAAUCGGAGGGCAGCGAGGCUACCCGCGAGAGGGAGGAGCAGUACGACCGCUGGCUCGAGAACAUGCGUGUUAUCGAAAGCCUGCGUGAAUAUGUCAAGGGUCGUCUGGCACGAAAGGAGUAUGUCGAGGAAGAGGAGAUCCGGCCACGAGAUGCGGAUGCCAUGGAUGUUGACGUUAGGAGCCCCAAGACGUCUCUCCGAGAACCCAGCCACCCCAAGGAGGGAUCUUCGCUCUACCCCAUCCUUCGUAUGCCAGGUGCAUAA